ACAUUUCCAUCCUCGAGGUAAAGCGACGAUGAGCACCCCGACCAACUUUUCGACCCCUAUGUACCAUGCGCCGCGCGCCAUGAGCCCUACCAAGCAGUCCACGCGUGGAUCCUUGGCUAGCCUGCCCAGCUUUGGACGGUUCCUCACCUGCAGCACACCACCAAACCACGUCGUCAAGCGCCUGCCGCCUUCUACACCUAUUGUCGACUGCCUUGCGCCGUUCAACCCCUUCCUCACGGUCGUGGGUAGUCCCAAGCCAACUUUGGAUGCGUCCCCUUGUGUGUAUGACAACUGCGACAAGUUUGCCAAGAUCAACAAGCUUUGCCUCGGUCACUUCCGCUUGAUCACAUCGUCUGCCGCCACCCCGCGCCAACCCAUCCACCCAGUGUCCCCGGCGUUGUCUGCGGUCGACCGCCCCAAAUAUGCCAACCGCCGAUGCAAACACUUAGGCUGCUCCAAGUACGGUCUCGCAGGUGGAUUUUGCAUUUCUCAUGGCGGUGGCAAGAAGUGCCUGGACGACGGGUGCGACACAACGGCUCAGAGCGGAGGGUACUGCAAGUCUCAUGGCGGAGGUAGCCGCUGCCGCUUCGAGAACUGUCCCCGCAUCGCCAAGCGAAAGGGCGUGUGCAAGGAGCACGGAGGACGGCACUUGUGUAAGGUUGAAGGGUGUGGAAAAUGUGCCCACAAGAGCGGUCUGUGCGUUGGGCAUGGUGGCGGCCGCAAGUGCUCCGUCGAUGGCUGCGUCAAGACAGCCCAAGGCAAAGGCGUGUGCUACACUCACGGAGGAGGAAAGCGCUGCAGCCUGGAAGGAUGCAACCACGCCGCCCGACGAGGGGGGUUUUGCAUCACCCACACCACCAAGCAGUAGAGGAAGCAUAUGGUUAGUUAGAACUGUACAAUUGCAGCACUCAAAUGGCAGAGUGUCCCGUC